UCAAACUCUGAUCAAUUUAAUAUCUAGAUAAAAACAAUUUUACUCAACAUAUGAAGACUAAUGAUACAACCUUGGCGUACUCCAUAAAAUAGAACCACCGAUUUCUCGAGGCGAAAUGAGGAGAAGCAAAGUUGUUUUUUUCUUUUCCCACUUUUUCUGAAUAAAACACUGCAGCGGCGUUGAAGCAGCCUAUUAAGCAAAGGCAAGAAAAAUAGUAACAUGCCUUUAAUUAAUUAUUGUCGUGAAUUGACUUUUCCCUUGUCACCGACGGAAAAUGGUGGUCGAUAGAGACAGUAAAGCCGCCCCUAGAUGGAUAGAUGGAGCUGAACAACGAAGAAGGCAUGCAUGGUUCAGACACUUGAACACCAGUCCGGGCUAUAUGUAUCGUCGUGCCCAUGCAACAAUCCCUCAUUCAUACACAGCGAUAUUACUUCAUAAAACCCACAACAUAACAGUUUCAUACUCUACAACGUCAGUUCAAUUUCUAAGCACAAGCAUAAAGAAAACAUCGAACAUGAAGGUUGGAAGUUUGCAGUUGGUCGUCGCGGUGCUGGCUUUGGCCACUGCACUGACCGUGGCCUACGAUCCAGCCAUCCUCCAGGAUUUCUGCGUUGCCGUCAAGGACCGAACCUCUCCUGAUGCUGUGUUUGUGAACGGGAUAGCAUGCAAGAACCCAUCCCUGGCAACGGUCGACGACUUCACCCACUCGGGCCUCAACGUCCCACGCGACACCAACAACAAAAUCGGCGCCAAUCUGACCGUGGUGGACACGACCGUGAUCCCAGGGAUCAACACCCUGGGGAUCAACCUUGUCAGGAUCGACCUCGCGGCCAACGGGGGGCUCAACCCUCCCCACGAGCACCCGCGGGCCUCCGAGAUCCUGAUCGUGGUGGAGGGCACCCUGUAUGCCGGGUUCGUCACAACGAACCCGGAGCACAGGCUCUUCGCCAAGGUUCUGGGGCCUGGGGACGUGAUUGUGUUCCCCGUGGGACUCAUUCACUUCCAGUACAAUAUCGGAAAGACGCCCGGGCUGGCCUUUGCGGCGCUUGGGAGCCAGAAUCCGGGGAUCAUGAGCAUUGGGAACGCCAUGUUUGGGGCUCAGCCGCCGAUUAUGGGGGAGAUGCUGGCCAAGGCGUUCCAGUUGGAUGAGAAGGUUGUGGCUGGCCUCCAAAGCCAGACUUGGAUUAAUCCUGAAGGAGACAACUGAAUUGAGAUUUGAUGGGUAUGGGUGAGCUGUGUUACUGGCUUGGAAGAAAGGGAGAAUAAGGCGGAAGGAAAUGUCCUCACUAUUUGCUUCCAGUUUAGUUUGUCGAUUUGUUGUCAGUUUAGUUUGUUGUUGUCCACCUUAAAUUCGAUGUUUUGAAUAAUAAUGAUAAUAAAGCUCCCAAUGAGUCUUUCUUCUCGAAGGAUACUUGACUAGUGAAUCUUAAAUUCGAACAUGACUUACAUGAGUAAUGCUUGUUUAGCCAUUUGCAUGGUGAUGUGUAUUUAAUCGUUAUGGUUAUAGAUAAGGCUAAUAUUACCGUAAUAUCCAAAUUUUAGCGUGAACUAUCCAUACUGACAAUCGCGUCCUAAAUAAUGAGAAUGUCCUGUA